AUGGAUAUACCAAAUCCCCCAACUUCCAAAUGUAUCACUUACUGGAAGAGGAAAGUUAAGUCUGAAUACAUGCGACUUCGGCAGCUUAAACGGCUUCAGGCGAAUAUGGGUGCAAAGGCUCUCUAUGUAGCAAAUUUUGCAAAAGUUCAAGAAAAAACCCAGAUCCUCAAUGAAGAAUGGAAGAAACUUCGUGUCCAACCUGUCCAGUUAAUGAAGCCUGUGAGCGGGCAUCCUUUUCUCAAAAAGUGUACCAUAGAGAGCAUUUUCCCAGGAUUUGCAAGCCAGCACAUGUUAAUGAGGUCUCUGAACACAGUUGCCUUGGUUCCCAUCAUGUACUCGUGGUCCCCUCUCCAGCAGAACUUCAUGGUGGAAGAUGAGACAGUUUUGUGCAAUAUCCCCUACAUGGGAGAUGAGGUGAAAGAGGAAGAUGAGACUUUCAUUGAGGAGCUGAUCAAUAACUAUGAUGGCAAAGUCCACGGUGAAGAAGAGAUGAUUCCUGGCUCUGUCCUGAUCAGUGAUGCUGUUUUCCUGGAGUUGGUAGAUGCUCUGAAUCAAUACUCGGAUGAAGAUGAAGAAGGACACAACGACACCUCAGAUGGAAAGCAAGAUGACAGCAAAGAGGAUCUGCCAGUAACAAGAAAGAGAAAACGACAUGCUAUUGAAGGCAGCAAAAAGAGUUCGAAGAAACAAUUCCCAAACGACAUGAUCUUCAGUGCGAUCGCCUCCAUGUUCCCUGAGAACGGUGUCCCAGACGACAUGAAGGAAAGGUACCGAGAGCUCACAGAGAUGUCAGACCCCAAUGCGCUCCCCCCACAGUGCACACCCAACAUCGACGGCCCCAACGCCAAGUCUGUGCAGCGGGAGCAGUCUCUGCACUCCUUCCACACACUGUUCUGCCGGCGCUGCUUCAAAUAUGACUGCUUCCUUCACCCUUUCCAUGCCACCCCUAAUGUGUAUAAACGCAAGAACAAAGAAAUCAAGAUUGAGCCAGAACCGUGUGGCACAGACUGCUUCCUUCUGCUGGAAGGAGCAAAGGAGUACGCCAUGCUGCACAACCCUCGCUCCAAGUGCUCCGGGCGUCGCCGGCGAAGGCACCAUGUGGUCAAUGCUUCCUGCUCCAACACUUCAGCCUCUGCUGUGGCUGAGACCAAAGAAGGGGACAGUGACAGGGACACUGGCAAUGACUGGGCCUCCAGUUCUUCAGAGGCGAACUCUCGCUGUCAGACGCCCACGAAACAGAAGGCAAGUCCGGCCCCACCUCAGCUCUGUGUAGUGGAAGCACCCUCAGAGCCUGUGGAGUGGACUGGGGCUGAAGAAUCUCUUUUUCGAGUUUUUCAUGGCACCUACUUCAACAACUUCUGUUCAAUAGCCAGACUUCUGGGGACUAAGACAUGCAAGCAGGUCUUCCAGUUUGCAGUCAAAGAGUCACUUAUCCUGAAGCUGCCCACAGAUGAGCUUAUGAACCCCUCGCAGAAGAAGAAGAGAAAGCACAGGUUGUGGGCUGCGCACUGCCGGAAAAUUCAGCUGAAGAAAGAUAACUCCUCCACCCAGGUAUACAACUACCAGCCCUGCGACCACCCGGACCGCCCCUGUGACAGCACCUGCCCCUGCAUCAUGACUCAGAAUUUCUGUGAGAAGUUCUGCCAGUGCAACCCUGACUGCCAGAACCGCUUCCCCGGCUGCCGCUGCAAGACCCAGUGCAACACAAAGCAGUGCCCGUGCUACCUGGCGGUGCGGGAGUGUGACCCCGACCUGUGCCUCACCUGCGGGGCCGCGGAGCACUGGGACUGCAAGGUGGUGUCCUGCAAGAACUGCAGCAUCCAGCGCGGCCUCAAGAAGCACCUGCUGCUGGCCCCCUCAGAUGUGGCCGGAUGGGGCACCUUCAUUAAGGAGUCAGUGCAGAAGAAUGAAUUCAUUUCUGAAUACUGCGGUGAGCUCAUCUCUCAGGAUGAGGCCGAUCGACGCGGGAAGGUCUAUGACAAGUACAUGUCCAGCUUCCUCUUCAACCUCAACAAUGAUUUUGUCGUGGAUGCUACCCGGAAAGGAAACAAAAUUCGAUUUGCAAACCAUUCAGUGAACCCCAACUGUUAUGCCAAAGUGGUCAUGGUGAACGGGGAUCAUCGAAUUGGAAUCUUUGCCAAGAGGGCAAUUCAGGCUGGCGAAGAGCUCUUCUUUGAUUACAGGUACAGCCAAGCUGAUGCCCUCAAGUACGUGGGGAUCGAGCGGGAGACGGAUGUCCUUUAG